AUACAUACAUUUAAAAACUACAAAUUCUAAAAAAGGGUCUUGCCAAUACUAGUUAAAAAAAACCCAAACACCAGUGACCCCCUCCAAGGGAGGGGCGAGGGUGGGGAACCCAAACAAAACAAAAAUCCGGCAGUGGUGUGACCCUAGCCAGACUUUCUAAGGAGACGUGACUUUGCACUGAAAUUUGUAGUGAUAUUGCAGAGAUUUUAUGGCUCUGAGUUGUAUUAACAACUGGGGUUUUUUGCAAGAUUGGAUGAAGCCAGAGUUUAUUAUAAGCAUGCUGCUAGAACCCUAAAGGACUUGCGGGCUGAAUUGAGUAAAUGAAAACAGAUUAGUUUGUGUUUUGUUGUUGUCAUCCUGUGUCGUUGUUGUCACUGUGUCCCAUCCCUGCCCCAAGAAUUAUCCCUGCAAAUGUUUUACUUGUGCAGCUAGUUUAGGUGAUUAAUAAUUUUCUUUUUACCUCUUAGUCUUUUUUCAUAAGUGUGACAUACAAACAGAAAUCUGUAAAAUUUGUUUCUGUCAUUUGAAUAUUUAUGUUCUUCACUACCGUUAAUUCACUCUGAAAACUUGUCAAAGGCAGAAGGGACUACACGAAUGCCAGUGUUUGCUUUUAGUACUCAGACGUGCAAAAAGCCACACAGAAAGCAGCAGUAUAGAGCACGCAAUGACUCAAAAACUGCGAUUUUGCUGGCAGAGAAUUUGCCUGUAUGUAGCCGUGAGUUAGCAGCAGCUUCCUGUGCUCAGGUGCAGUGAAAAACUGGUUAGCUGAAGAGGAGGAAAUACUGUCUAAAUAAUCUCCUUUCUGCUUCAUCGUUACAAAGCUUUUUUUUUUUUUUUUUAGAAAAAAGAAGAAGUUUUGGAUUAAAGCUUAUUUCUGCUGAAGACAAUAAGUAAUCACAGCAGUUAUCCCUGUAUUGGGUCACUAAUGUCACUAAUGUCAUGAGGAAGAGGAUGCAAGGUCUGUGCUAGCAGAAUGCCUCCUCUACUUCCAGAUAGCAUUUUGUUAUCAGGGAAAAAUUUAAAGGGGUGGGGGUUGGGGUUUGUUUUGGUUUUCUUAAGGCGUGCCAGCAGCAGGAUGGGCACAUCUUCGGUAGGGAUCACAUGGUGAGAAAGAUGUAAACAGUCUAGAAAGGCUGAAAGAAAAGUUUAGUCAUAACUUGGACCAAAGACAGGUGGAAAGUAAUGCUUAUGUUAUUGGCAACUAUUAAAGAUCCAUCUUUCCCAAGGCACGAUGAAAUUUUUGAGAAACAGAAUUUUUCAGGAAAAAGUAAUUGUACAAAACAAGUAGCAUAGUCAAAUAGGUAUGAGUAAAAGUAGCCCAAUUUGUAAACUGAUAAAAAUAACUGAGUAUAAUCAUAAAUGCAAGGAGGUCAACAAAUAAAAGACUGCUUCCAACCACGAUUAUCCCUGCCAUGUGUUAUACAAACCUGGUAGUUUAAGCCGCUUCAUUUUUCCACCUCACUGACUCCUACCGACUUCUUUAGAUCACAGUGUUAAAUUCAGCAUUCACUGUAUUCAACUGAAAUGUCAACAAAUAGGUGAGAUCUCCUCUAAGUAAUAGCUUAAGACUUUUAGAAGCAUAAAGUGUAUUAUAACAGAGUUACGUUCUGAAAGAAGUGUGAGUGGGGGUGAAUACUAAACUUCCCGUUCUUGGUGGUGGGUCAAAAAAGUGCAAUUAAUAUCUUCAGCACAGGUAAGUCCACCUUUCCUGAAAAUGCAACAAAGAAGAAAAGAGAACGUGACAGAAGGGGGAGGACAAGCUAGCCCUGUUAUCCUGCCUGGAAGGCUGGAAAAGUAGGUGGGAGAAAGAAAACCCUGGGGGCUGUGAGUGGUGUAUCAUAUUUAUACCAUCUCUUUUGAGGGACUGAAAUAGAGAGUGAUGAGCUCUAUACAGAUCUGCACAGAAUUAACCAGAAUCUAGCAAAGGCAGUAGCCACAUUGUGCCAGUAUUUCAAGAAUAAGGACUUUGUACUGUGCCUGGAAUUCAUGCAAAACCUGCACGGCAGUUCCAGUUCGCUGGUGGUUGCUGGCAGGGAUCCCAGGCGGUUUCUGUGCUGGAGAGUGGGGGAAGGGAGAAUAAGAGGAAAAAGAGCAAGUCCCGGCCGGCUUCCUCCCAUACACGUCUUAGAGGAUCAGGACUGCUCACCUCAGCAAGGAGCAAGAGGGAUUUCAGAGCAAGAAUAACUGAGACAAGGAAUUUACAUAACCAACUAUGUACCUGUUUCAUACAUGGGGGAGCCAUGAAGUUUACCUGGGGAAACAAUGGAGCUGCCUAAACAUUUGGCUAAUCUUAUGCUUGUUUCCAAGAACCUGUGUAUCAAAUCCUUCAAAACCCAAUAUUUUACUGAUACUGGCUGAUGAUCUUGGUAUUGGAGAUGUGGGUUGCUAUGGCAACAAUACAAUAAGGACCCCUAACCUUGAUGGCCUGGCAAAGGAAGGAGUGAGACUUACUCAGCACAUCGCUGCAGCUGCUGUCUGUACUCCAAGCAGAGCAGCUUUCCUGACUGGCAGAUACCCCAUCAGAUCAGGUAUGGCAUCUGGCACUGAACGGCAGGUUCUCUUUUGGAACGGGUGUUCUGGUGGGCUCCCACCAAACGAAACUACUUUUGCCAGAAUACUGCACCAGCAAGGUUAUACUACAGCACUUAUAGGGAAGUGGCAUAUGGGUGUGAACUGCAAAUCCCGCUGUGAUCACUGCCACCAUCCGUUAAAUCAUGGCUUUGAUUAUUUUUACGGCAUGCCUUUCACCCUUUUGAAUGAGUGUCAAGGCACAGAUGACCCUGAACUGGCCAAGUCUUUGCAAGAUACAUAUUGGCUUUACACACAGAUGAUCAUCCUUGCAGUGUUUACGCUCUUGAUUGGGAAACUUACCGGUUUAUUCUCAGUAAAAUGGAAAAUAAUCAUAUGUCUGGCCAUCUGUGGUCUCCUGUACUUUAUCUUCUGGUUCUCCAGCUAUGGUUUCACCAAGUACUGGAACUGUAUCCUGAUGAGAAACCAUGAUAUCACUGAACAGCCAAUGAAUCUAGAAAAAACUACUUCUAAUAUGCUGAGGGAGGCCAUUUCAUUCAUUGAAAGAAACAAGCAUAGACCAUUUCUUCUCUUUGUUUCCCUUUUACAUGUUCACACCCCUCUCAUUACCACAGAGAAGUUUCAGGGAAGAAGCAGGCAUGGGCUAUAUGGUGAUAAUGUAGAGGAGAUGGACUGGAUGGUGGGCAGGCUUCUGGAUGUUAUUGACAAAGAAGGCUUGAAGAAUACCACAUUCAUUUAUUUUGCAUCUGAUCAUGGAGGAUCCUUAGAGGCUCACAGAGGAAAUGCCCAGUUGGGUGGAUGGAAUGGGAUCUAUAAAGGUGGAAAAGGCAUGGGAGGCUGGGAAGGAGGGAUCCGUGUCCCAGGAAUAGUUAGAUGGCCAGGAGCAUUGCCUGCAGGGACAGUUAUCAAUGAACUGACAAGCCUUAUGGACAUUUUCCCAACAGUGGCUCACCUUGCUGGAGGAGCGGUGCCUCAGGACAGGGUGAUUGACGGGCACACCUUGCUGCCUUUGCUGCGGGGGACAGUUCAGCACUCCAGGCACGAGUUCAUGUUUCACUACUGCGGUGUGUUUCUGCAUGCAGUGCGGUGGCACCAAAAGGACAGUGGCGCCAUAUGGAAAGCUCAUUAUGCUACUCCAGUAUUCCAGCCAGAAGACUCCGGGGCCUGUUUUGGAAGAGGAAUUUGCCCGUGUUUCGGAGAUGGUGUAACCUAUCAUGACCCUCCACUGCUGUUUGAUCUCUCGCGAGAUCCUUCUGAGGCAAAUCCUCUAUCAGCUGACACGGAGCCCUUGUUCGACACUGUAAUGAGGAGAAUAGGAAAAGCUGUAGAAGAGCAUCGCAAGACACUGACUCCAGUCCCACAACAGCUGUCUCCUUACAAUAAUAUAUGGAAGCCCUGGCUGCAGCCAUGCUGUGGCACAUUCCCCUUCUGUUGGUGCAAUGAAGAAAACAACCGAGCAGAUGGCACGCUUUAAUACCAAAAAUCAAAGUACAGUGAGCUUAAAAAAAGUAAUAGUUUUUGCUUUCACAAGACUAUGGUCAUACAGAGAAUUACACUGGAAUAACUGAAAGGGACGUUAUUGAUGCUUUUUAUUCAACCUUUUCUCUUACCCACAGAAAUUCAGUAAGCAUGUAGUUUAAAAAAAAUUGAAAAUGCUCCAAACAUAUUCCACUUAUGAGUCACCCGUAUAAUCUGUCCCUCAAGUGCAUAAUUCUGGAUGAAAGACCCAAAUAAAUGAAACAACAUUUCUUUCCUUACUGAUACUCAAUUUUCGUAAAUGACGAAUGAGGGCAGACUGUAAUUGCAGCUGUUCGUCAGGUAAUAUGCUUGUUAAGGCAACAGGACUGAGCCCAAGUGGGGAUCUCUAUUCGGGCCUUACCUUUUUAAUGAAAAAAACUGUCCUGUGUUUAAAAGCACGAUUGCACAUUUAAUUUGGAAACAUACCAAAACACACUGGCCUCUAAGAAAUAACCACCUACUGAUUUACAGCAAUUUUUUGCCUCAUCUGUACAUCCUUUUAUCUCUCAUGCAAGAAUUCCCAGGAAAAACUGAACCGAGAAGUAUUUUUUAAAAAUCAGGUAGCUAAAGUUAUCAUCUCAAGUCCAGCAGCGAAGUAUGUAGCUAUUCUGAAAUGCCAAAGCACAGCAAUUCCUACUGACACACAUUUUCCAUGUUAAAUGAUCUUACUUGCAAGAGCAUUGAAAAUCAUCACCCAGCUGCCUUGACAAGAUAGGUCCCGAAUUUCAUGAUCCUUGAGACCAGUUCGUAAGCUGCGUGUCCCACUUCAGCGAUAAUGCUCCUGAUUUCCCUAAGGGUGCUAUUACGCCCCAUGAAAAACGUGCUUUGUUUUGUGAGACAGCACUUUGUUUUCAGGGAGAGGUGUUAAAAAAUUCACUGCGCUCACUAAUCACUUCAGCGUACAGGUCAUCUUCUCCAAGCCAAGCAAGUGUCAGCACUCUGUACAGUCUUUAGAGAAAGAGAGGGAAUUAAAAUAUCUAAUCCUCUCUUGCUGCCCUGAGGUUAAAUAAAUGCAUCUCUCAAUAUAUAAUCCUAACCAUGGUUUUGCAGGGUUUUUGUGUCAAAUCCGAUUUUAAGCAGAGGUUCCUUCAUUUUCUGCUUCAAAAAAAAGUGGACUGUGUGCCAGAGACUCAGAUUCAAACUUCUAAGCCCUCCUAGACACUCUAUGUUCACUCCUACCACACAGCUAAAGGUCACCAAGAUUUUAAAAGUAACAAGGGAUGGCAAGAGCAGCACAGAGGCUGCUUCAGGUGACUUGUUUCCUUAAAGCUAGCUGCCUUGCAGAACCACACUGGCGCAGAUCUGUUGAGUACCAAGGCUGUCUGUGUGUCAUUUUUUGCCUUUUAGAAAUAGGAGGAGAUCAUAAGGCCCACGGCAGCCCUCCCAGCUCUUGCAGCAGCAGGUCCCAGCCCUUUCACCAGCCUUGCGACAAAAGAGUGUGUGUGCCUGGACUACGCGCCUUUUGCAGUGUUUUCAGGUACGCUCCUGACUCACACCCCCGAUGUGGUAUAUCACCAGCGUGGUAAGUCGCUACGUUAUUUUGCUCUAAACAGCACAGGUUGUGACCAUGAUGUAGCACCAAACACACGUCUCCAAAAAGCUGACCGGGUGUUUCUCCACGUUAUUUCCUCUUUUACCUUUCCCCUAAAAGGUCACCAAGCAAGUUAUGUGGAAAUUAUUCCACACGAAUCAAAGGGCUAAUCUGAAAAUGAACUGAUAGGACACAUCAAUGUCAGACUUGACAGAAGUAUCUAAAAAUACAUUUGUUCUUACUGCUUGAUAGCAUUUAAAUCCACAUCAGCAUUGCUAAGAACUUGUCAGAAGAUUUGACAUUUUUCUGUGGCUGACGGGGAUUGAAACCAGAGCAGCCGCGUUUCGCUGGAUUCAUGCAGAAAUAAGAGAGUAUAAAAACCCAUGCAUUUUAAAGCCAGUUUGGCUGAUUCAGAGAUGGAGAAGAACUCUUAUUGCUCAGUGGGGGAACAAAGCCAAAAGCUGUUCUCUAGAAUCAAGCCUGUCAGUUCAGUAACAUGUACAUUGUCAGUUAAGCAUGAGGAUAAGCUUUUUCUCAGUUCAUCUCACUGCCCUCCCCACCCCCACCCC